AUGGGUGUUUUUACAGAGUUAUGGGACUCAGGGGAGGUAGUGAAGCUUGCCAUUUUCACGCUCUCCAUAUAUGGUAUCUGCCGUUCAGUAUACCUCCUUUACUUUCACCCCUUGGCUCGAUUCCCAGGCCCCAAGCUUGCGGCAGUCUCUGAGUUGUCCUAUGUCUACCACUGGCUUACUGGCCACUAUCAUGAGUACAUACACAAGCUUCAUCAGAAAUAUGGUGAUGUUGUACGCCUGGCCCCUAAUGAACUCAGCUUCAAUACUGCCCAAAGCUUGCAAGACAUUUAUGGCAACCCCUCCAAAACGGGCCAGACUUUUCUCAAAUCAUCAUUCUACACAGGUCCAAGCGGAUACAGCACCAUAGUCAUGGAGAGAGACCCAAUUAAGCACAAAGAGACUAAGAAGCUGUUGUCCUAUGGCUUCAGUGCCAAGGAGCUUCAGGCUCAAGAGCCGAUCUUGAAGACAAAUCUGGACAUGUUGAUCACCCAGAUUGACAAUCAGAUUGCCGCGGAAAAACAGGGGCUUUCACUCAACAAGGCAUGA